GACGCGCGUGGAGACGCCGCUGCCGGCGCCGUCGCGCAACGCCUCGCAGCCGCUGACGGACGGCAUCUUCUGGAGUGAGGCGGUGGAGGCGUCGCUGCCGGCCGGCGUCGACGACGCGGCCGUCGAGGCGUGGCGCUCGUUCUGCCGGCACUCGGCGCUCAUCAAGGUGGAGGAGGGCUGCGGCCGCAUGCAGAACCGGCUGCUGACGUUCGAGAACGGCACGCAGUCGUGCUGCCGCUACCGGCAGAACUUCGACCAGAUCCAGGGUGAGAUUUUCAGCUUCCUGCUGAGCCGUGAGCUGGGCAUCGGCAACCUGCCGCCCACCUCGCUGAUGCUGGUCCGGCCGGGCGAGUGGCAGUGGUCGGCGGUGCGUGCGCAGCUCAGCCUGGCCCAGUGGGCCGAGGACCGACCGGUGGUGCUGACGCAGUUCCGCGAGCAGCUGGCGCCCGCAUUCAUCCCCGAGCCAUUCCGCGGGCCCGAGCGGCGCCUGCACCCGGUGGACCUGUCGCUGCGCGGCCUGGAGCUGGAGCAGCACCGCGACACGCUCGUCGAGCUGGCGCAGUGGUCGGACCUCAUCGUGUUCGACUAUCUCACCGCCAACCUCGACCGCGUCGUCAACAACCUCUACAACAUGCAGUGGAACCCGUCCAUGAUGGAGGCGCCAGCGCACAACCUGGUACGCGACACCGCCUCCGGGCUGCUGCUCUUCCUCGACAACGAGUCGGGCCUGCUGCACGGCUACCGGCUGCUGGAGAAGUACGAGCCGUACCAUCGUACCAUGCUGGACGCCACGUGCGUGUUCCGGCGCGCUACGGUGCGGCGCAUUCGCCAGCUGCGCGAGGCGGGCGACGUGGGGACCACGCUGCGCCGCACCUUCCGCGAGACGCACCCCGAGCUCGUGGACUUCCUGCCCACGCUGCCCGAGAAGAGCAUCAAAAUACUGAAGCGACGCAUAGACAAUGUGCACGAGGUGAUCGAGCGGUGCGAACGGACAUACGCCAGCUAGUGCGCGCCGUGCCGCCAGUCAUUGUUGUUAUUUCAUCGGGCGUCCGUCCGCCGGCGUGGACCGCGUGCCGGGCGCUGUGUGGGGCCGAGUGCUUUAACGCCGCCGCCGCAGCACGGCCGGGGCGACGACGCCGCGGCUGCCGGGUGUCGUCGCAUUCCGGCCGUGCCGGCGCUGCCGCCCGGCCAGACCAUUUUGUCCCACCCUCCUCAUUUUGUGAUAAUUGAGCGCUGCGAGGAAGCCUGUGAUUACGCGGGCGGGCCCGCCCCGCGGUCUGCCGCCGGCCAUCGCAGCGGCCAUCGG